CCCUGCCAUGGCAUCAUUUGACCCGCCCCCGGAGACCCAAAUACUACAUCGCAAUGCGCACAUCUUUGCAGGGAAUGGAGAUUACCUAGGAGGUCUCUCCGUCAACGACCCGCCUCAAGUCUCCAACGCAGCCUUGUACAGAAUAUGCACCCACUUCAUCAACUUGCCGCCCUCAGCCCAACCAAACAAAUGGAGCAUCCACCGCAUCACCGCUUCAAAUGAAUUCGAUCCAGCCCCAAUCCCAAGAGCCUCAUCAUCCCCGUUCCAACAAGGCCGCUACGCCAUCCUCUCGCCAUCCGCACAACUGAUCCCCCUAAGCAUCAGCACCGAACCAGCCCUGCACCGCCUCCAAACCCCCGAACCCCCCGCACCCCGAGGCCCCGACGACCCCUACAUCCCAGACGUCAGACCCUCCGACCCAGAAUACCCGCGGAACAAGCUGCACUUCGAAGAACGGCUCAUCGCCCGAGAUAGAGUGUGCGCAAUCACCGGGGAACGCGAGCUACCAGGAGAACGGCUGUUUCAGCUCAAGGCCACGCACAUCUUCCCGCUCUCGAUGCGCGAGUCGUGUGUGCGGAAUGGGUACGACGCGUCGUGGAUUCGCGAGGAUCCGGACGACUACGAUGCGGAGGGGAAGAGCCUUGCGGAACCGGAUAAGCUCUUCUCGCCGCAGAAUGGGCUCCUGCUUGAUGUGGCGGCGAAGCUGGACUGGGAUGUGUUUCGGGUGACGGUUGAUCCGGAUAAUGGGUACCGAUCCGUGACCUUCUGCAGAGACAAGAGGGACUAUGGAGGCAAACCGCUGAAUCCGACAGCAAUGGACGAGACGCGACUGGACAGGGUCAGUGACGAGUGCUUGCGGUGGCACUUCCACCAGUCGAUCCUCACCGUUGUUCGGGGUCUCAGUGAACUGAUGUGGGAUCAAGACGUCAUGUACGAGAAUGCCUACGAGACUGGCGAGUAUGACGAGGACGACCUGAUCAAGGAGCGAGAGAGUAUGAAGCAGCGUUUGGAGUGGGAGUUUGGGGUUGAUUGAGCUGUGUUUCAUGUGGGUGGUUACAUUGUUGCGAAGAUACAAUCCAGGGUAACACCACAUUAGAAGCUGUUCUGUCUUGUUGUUAUUGACUAUUGUUUAGAUUGUGUUUGUUGUUUCCGCAUCCUCAAUAAGGGUGUAUACCACAAUAAUAGGACCACUUUAUAUGCUGU